AUGAAUGUAGCCCUUUGUAGUCGCAGCUUUUACGUGGACAUUUGGAACAAAACAGGAGCUGUUAAAUUGAUCAGAUGGUCUCCUGACAAUAGUGUUAUAAUAGUAACCUGGGAAUAUGGAGGCCUUUCUUUAUGGAGUGUGUUUGGAGCCCAGCUGAUUUGUACACUCGGGGGAGAUUUUGCUUAUAGGUCUGAUGGUACCAAAAAAGAUCCCCUUAAAAUCAACUCUAUGAGCUGGGGUGCAGAAGGCUAUCACCUAUGGGUAAUCAGUGGAUUCGAUUCUCAAAACAUCUCAGUUGGAUCUGACCUCAGGAGUAUAGUUAAACAACCUAGCAUUCUGUUAUUUCAGUUUAUCAAAAGUGUACUCACUGUAAAUCCUUGCAUGAAUAGUCAGGAACAGGUGUUGCUUCAGGGAGAGGAUCGUUUGUACUUGAACUGUGGAGAGGCCUCACAAACCCAGAAUCCUAGGAGUUCUUCAGCACACUCUGAGUAUAAGCCCAGUCGGGAAAAGAGCCCAUUUGCAGAUGGAGGUUUAGAGUCUCAGGGUUUAAGCACUUUACUUGGACAUCGGCAUUGGCAUGUUGUACAGUUUUCAGCUAUUGAUAAGCUUGGACAGAAUAUUGCUGUGGUUGGCAAGUUUGGUUUUGCGCAUUACUCUUUACUCACGAAGAAAUGGAAACUUUUUGGAAACAUUACCCAGGAGCAAAAUAUGAUUGUAACAGGUGGCUUAGCCUGGUGGAAUGAUUUUAUGGUCCUUGCAUGUUAUAACCUAAGUGACCAUCAAGAAGAGCUCAGAGUAUACUUGCGAACAUCAAAUCUGGACAACGCCUUUGCUCAUGUCACCAAAGCACAAGCAGAAACAUUACUGCUUAGUGUCUUCCGGGACAUGAUAAUAGUAUUUAGAGCAGACUGUUCAAUAUGCCUUUAUAGUAUUGAAAGAAAAUCUGAUGGUCCAAAUACUACUGCUGGUAUUCAAGUUCUUCAGGAGGUCUCCAUGUCACGCUACAUUCCUCACCCUUUCCUGGUAGUAUCUGUCACUCUGACAUCAGUGAGUACAGAGAAUGGAAUCACCUUGAAAAUGCCACAGCAGGCUCGUGACGCAGAGAGCAUUAUGCUAAACCUUGCAGGACAGCUCAUCAUGAUGCAGAGGGACAGGUCAGGCCCUCAGAUCCGGGAGAAGGACAGUAACCCCAAUCAGAGGAAACUUGUAAGUAAAGUACAAGUCAUUUCUAACAUUAAGAAGGGAUUAGCUUGCAGGAAUAAAAGAAUUUAA